AUGAAGAAUCCCAUCCCCCUCCUCGCGAUCCUUUCGGCAUCCUUCGUCGCUGCCGUUCCAGCUCCUUUCGCCGGUUCCAACAUUGUUGCUCACACUGAAAAUGUCGCUGUGCCCAACUUUGGCGAACAGGCUCUGAAGCUCCGCGGCGCCCUCUUGGACCCACGUGGUGCCAUGGGCAAAGACAAUGCCAAUGCCGGUGCCCAAGCAGCAGCACAGGAUCCUGCCGCCGCCGCUGCUCCUGCUGCUGCUUCUCCGGCCGCCGCUGCUCCGGCCGCCGCUGCUCCAGCUGCUGCUUCUCCAGCUGCUGCUGCUCCUGCUGCUGCUGCUCCAGCCGCUGCUGCUCCAGCCGCCGGCGCGCAAGAUGCGGCCGCCCAAGCUGCCAAAAAGGAACAGGAUGCAAAGAAGAAGGCUGAUGCGACGGCAAAGAAGGCUAAACAGGCGGCAAAGAAGAAAGAAAAGGCAGCUGCGGCUCAAUUGCAAGCGGCCCAGGGAAAGAAUGCCACCAUGCCAGCCGGCCAGCAAGCCGGCAAAGGCAAAGGCAAGAAACACAAGGGGAAAAUGGGAGCGACCCAAGGAAAAAAUGCCACUAUGUCAGCAGGCCAGAUGCAGCAAACUGGCAAAGGCAACAAAGGCAAGCAAAAGGGGGCUGCGGGAGCAGCAGCAGCAGCAGAUCCACAGGCCGCUGCGCAACAAAACAGCUGCGCUGUAGCCGCCGCCGACCAACAGAAGGGUGCCGCCGCAGGCAAGCAAAACGGUGCCGCCGCAUCGGCAGACCAACAAAAGGGUGCCGCUGCCGCCGCUGCCCCAGCAGCAGCAGCAGCAGCAACAGCAGAUCAACAAAAGGGAGCUAUGGCAUCAGCAGGCCAGCAAAAGGGAGUCAAGGCAGCGGCGGUUUCUGAGCAACAAAGCGGAGCCGACUCCUCUGGCUCCUCUGGCUCCUCUGCCUCAUCUGGCUCCGCUGAUUCCUCUGCCUCAUCUGGCUCCGCUGAUUCCUCUGCCUCAUCUGGCUCAUCGGGUUCCUCUGGUUCCUCUGGUUCCUCUGAUUCCUCUGGCUCCUCUGGGUCUUCUGGAUCAUCUGGUGCCGCCGCUCCCCCUGCUCCUCCAGCGGGAGGUGCUGCUCCCCCUGCUCCCCCUGCCGGAGGUGCUGCUCCCCCUCCUCCCCCAGCAGGUGGUGCUGCUCCCCCAGCCCCUCCAGCAGGUGGUGCUGCUCCCCCAGCACCCCCAGCGGGAGCUCCAGCUCCUCCACCUCCUCCAGCCGGAAAUGGCACAGCACCGGCCGGUGGCAAAGGCAAAGGCAAAGGAAAGGGUAAGGGCAAGGCCAACGGUCCAGAUGCGGGAGCUGGAGCCGGUGCCGGUGCGGGAGCUGGUGCCGGAGCCGGUGCCGUAGCUGGUUCAGGUGGUUCUUCCGACUCAAGUGCCAGUUCUGGGGCCCCGGCUAGUGCAGGUGGCUCUUCUGGUGGAUCUGGCGGCGCCGCGGCGGGUUCUGGAGCGGGUGGCGCUUCUGAUGCAAGUUCCGGUGCUUCCUCUGGUGCUUCAACUGCCUCGGUCAGCCAAAAGGCUAGAGGCAUGAAGAAGAGGUCGAACACAUUCAGUGCCUAGGUCUGGUUAGAGGCCUAUGGUUGAACAAUAGGAACAUGGAAAAUGGACCCUCUGCAGCGCAGAGGUAUUGUUAUAUAGUCGGCACGGCCAAGUGCUGGAUUGUUGCUCGAAUGCAUCAUGGUUAUAGAAUGGAUAGAUAGCAU